AAGUCUGUAACACUGAUCAUACCACACUAUCCUUAUCGAAGUGUGGUAAAUCAAGGAAAUCGAGUGUCGUAUUGCUUGCAUCGAAGACUUUUGUUCCUCUCGCUUUUGUACGCGUGUGUUGCUAUAACGCUGUUAAAUGUCAGAAUUGCCAAAUGUCUUCCAAUUAUUUCGACAACUCGUCAUCUCAAACUUACUUGGAAGUAUUUUAUACUCAAACGGGCUCAUAACAAUCGUUUUAUGUUUUACACAAUUUGACCAGCGUGCUGGCAUACAACGUCUGCGUCAGGAGGCUUAAAUACUUAAUGCCAAUCAGCCAAACUGUGGAAUCCUGUAAUAUUUUCAUUUUCUACGACAUGAUUUAGAGAUGUAUAAUCAAUUCAACCGUCGUAGACGAUGAUAACGUUCAAUAAGCUAAUCACUAAGUUCACUUUAAACGAUUGUAUAAAUGAUAAAUAUGUGGUUAUUAUUAUAUAAAUAUAAGACGAUCAAUUGUCUGUAAGGAUUUAUGUAACUUAUUGCUUUGUAUAAUGCAAAUCUUAUUUAAUUAUUUCACAGGGUCUUCUGUAUUAAAAUCCCAAUCCCCAAACUCAAAAUACACAGCAAAAUAAACAUCUAUCUUUCUCGUAGUUCGGCUGAGCGUGAGCGCAAAAAAUCGUGUGCUUUCCAACCAAGGAACACACAUGUUGUUAAAAGUACCGAAAAUAGCCACCUGGUGUCGCAGGGAAACUGGCCGAUCUCACGACAAAAAAGACAGCCAAGUUACGGUAAAAUCGAGAAACUCCAGAUCCCAGUCUUAUUGAGGUUUCCGGCCGUCCGAUCGUCAUGACUUACUCCUAGUGUCGAUUCCAACAAAGUGUCAAUCAACGAAAUUCAGUACUGAUGCUUGUUGAAUGCGAAUCAUUAUCCAAUUAGUGUCGGAAUGAGCAUGAUAACGCCAGCUGACUCACGAUGUAACAAUACAUAUCUUAAAACCAGAAUCAAUUUUAUUAAUGCGGUAAAGACGUACCAUUCAUAGUCUGUUACGUGAAGCCAAUUUGAUUGAACCUAGCUUUGUUUCCUGGAAAGGUAGCAUAAAUUUAUUUUUAAUUAUCCUGACUGUCUGAGCAAAUAGGCACAAGUGAAAAUUCUCACGUUUUCUGUAAAAUACAACAUACUAUCCUGGCUUUACGCCAGCGUAAUUCAAACCGAAUCAACUCCGUAAAUCGAAAAACGACUUUUGCAAGAGGUCACAAACCGAUCCAUGCUCCUGCUGUAUGUUUAUGUGAAAUCGUAACACCUUACGACUCUCACAUGCUCACGUAUCACAUGACAUGCGUAGUGACAUUGACGCUGAUAAGUGUAUGUUCGUUAUCGCUACGGUAGGGCUGCUUACAAGUGCGUCGGCUAACUUGCCCAGCGAUAAUUCUGCUCUGUUCUUGUAGAAAUAUGCGAUUACAGCAUAAAUUAUGUAUCCGUUGCAGUAUAACCAAUUAAGUAUGAUCAUUUGAAGCAGUGCAGUGCUUGAUGUCUAACCAAGACUUGUAACAACUCGUGAGUAUGGUCCAAAUCCGUUAUCUAAACAUCAUUAAUACGAACAGUCUGUUAUCUCAUGUCGUGACGAUCAACUGCGAACAUUUGUAUCACGAAACCGAAUGAUGUUGGUAAAAUAGUGUGCAAGAGUCGCAACAAUGGAUAACGACAAGGCGGCUGCAUCGAACUUGGUCGAUAGGACGGAGAUAACUGGUUCUUGCCAGCACAAAACCGACCCAAACGGGAGAACUCAGUGGAAGCAAUGGAUGGGCAGCAUCACUGCAACGAUGUCGAUGAUCUCCGCUGGCACUGUCUACGGGUGGUACACGACAUGCAUUUCCCGUCUUACAAGUCCCGAAGCUCAGGUGCAUUUUACGACUGACGAAGGAGGCUGGCUUCUGUCUUUGACUGUCGUGGGGUCAAUGAUAGGACCGUUCAUCGGAGCUGCUAUGGCUGAUAGUAUCGGCCGGAAAAAGACUCUGCUGAUAUCUGUUCUUUACUUUAUUAUUGGCUGGGUAACCGUGAUCUUUGCCCGAAGCGUGACAACGUACUACGUGGCUAGGCUGAUCCUUGGCAUCGGAGUCGGCGUUUCGUACACGGUAAACCCGAUGUACGUUUCCGAGGUUGCCGACAUAAACAUUCGCGGUGCUCUUGGAACCUUGAUAGCCACGAACGUGUUCACAGGUUCAUUAUUCGCCUGUGUAGUCGGAUACUGGGCGUCCAUACAGGUCCUGACAAUGAUACUUCUUUCGGUCCCGAUUUUAUUUUUGGCAACAUUCAUCUGGUUUCCUGAGAGCCCAUAUCACCUGGCAGCGAAGGGAAGAUACGAGGAGGCUAUGGCAGCCAUCAAAUUUUUCAAGGGCAUCCAGGAUGAGGUGGAAGUCAGGGAGGAGCUCGACUUUAUUUUACGAAACAUAAACGAGAACAUAGACAGACAGAGCUUUCGGGAAAAGCUAUCAGAGCUGCGUCGACCCAACAAUCGCCGGGCUCUUUUCAUCGUCAUCGGUUUGAUCGCCGCCCAACAACUGAGCGGGUCCUUCACCACUACUUCCUACUUGGAGGAUCUCUUCAAGGACGCUCACAUAGCCCUCGACCCCGACCUUGCGACAUGCAUCGUCUUGGCGGUGAGCCUGGUCUCUUGCACCUUGUCGACCUACACGGUGGAGAAGGCGGGUAGAAGGCCACUCCUGUUUGCCUCGACUCUGGGCACAACCACGACUCUGGGCAUCCUUGCGACUUACAUACUCCUGGAAACCCGGACUUCGAUCGACAUUUCGGUUGUCAACUGGAUCCCAAUUCUGGACGUAAUCCUCUUCCAAAUUGCGUACCAAAUAGGCUUGGGAACUCUGACGAACUCUUUGAUUGGUGAACUUUUCCCAACAAACGUCAAGGGCAUCGCGGGCGCCACGAUCACUGUCACCGACGGUAUUUUGGGAUCCACUAUUUCGAAGCUUUAUCAAGUAAUCGGUGAUCAUCUCGGGAUAUACGUCGUUUAUUACUUCUUUACUGGCUCCUGCCUUCUCGCGUUCUUCUUUGUUCUCGCAUUUGUGCCAGAAACUAAAAACAAAACAUUUGCUCAGAUACAAAUUGACUUGGGCGAUAGUGAACUUCGGUGUGUUAAGCGAAGAAAUAAAGACUGAUGC